AUGAGAUCUUCAGCGGUAUUGUCGGUAUUCGUAGCUUUUGCUACAGCGCAGAUAGGAUCCUCCAGCACAAGAGUAGUACCGACAUCCAUCGGGAAUGUCGUGCCUUCAGCUACGCAAACAGUGUCUGGACCAAUAUCAACAGGAAGCGCAUGUGCGCAAAUAGCAGAUGCUGUUGCAAAUGCGAGAUCGCGGUAUCCAAGUGUACAGGCUUCGCUCGCAUACGCGUGUCUAAAGUCUGUACCAAUCAGUACAGAUGAGGCGGCGCUCACAAUUACUUCCAUCAAGCAAAUGGCUGAGUUCCAAUCUACCAUAUCGUACCUCAAAGAUCCACCAGAAGGAUGGGCAAAUGAGGCGGUAGACAUAAUGGCCGGGCUAGACGAUAUCGGUUCCAAAGUGCAGAACGGAGACUACACGAACGAGUUCGAUUUCGAAACCGACAUCGCAACGCUGUUCAUCAAAGCGCACGACGGCCAUUUUGGGUUUGACGGCAUGGUCUUCGGCGGCACACUUGUAUGGCGAAGAAGCAGCAACAUCGCCCUGAUAUCAGCGUCAAGAGAUGGGAGUGAGUUGCCUGAGAUAUGGGCGCUGCGUGACUUCAACAGGACAAUUACCGAAUUCGAGCCUUCGCCCGUCACGCAAAUCGACGGACAAGACGUUGUGCAUUUCCUCCAAGAAGAAUCAAACAUGAACUCAUAUCACGAUCCGGACACACGCUACAACGCCAUGUUCUUCAUGCAGUCCGCCGAGAACUUCGGAUACUUCACUUCCCCGCGCUUCUACCCCGGCGACACAACAAACAUCACGUACGAAAACGGGACGACGGAUACUUAUCGUAAUGCGGCGAUGGUCGUGCAGCCUGAUGCUUGGUCGUACGUUUCGGACCCGGAAUCUUUCUACGAAACUUUCGUCUCGCCCCAGACCAGCGCGGAGAGAGUGAGGAAAAGGGACCCCAAUCUGCUGCCGCGCCAUCUGGAGAACCCCCGCGACCACGAGUUCCAUGGCUCUUCGGUCGUUCCGCACGGCUCUGUCCCGGCGCUGUACCCAGAGCCAGCCGUGGCUCAUUCCGCGCCCGACACACCGCUGGCAGGCUACUUCAUCAACACAGACGCAGGCGAGAUUGGCGUCCUGAUGGUGCAAACCUUCAACACGCCCGACGUCCAGACAACCAUCGAGUUCCAAUCCGUGGUGCAAGAAUACAUCGCCCAAGCCAAAUCACGCGGCGUGGAGAAACACAUCAUCGACGUGCGCACAAACGGCGGCGGCAAGGUAAUGCUCGGCUACGACAUGUACAUGCAAUUCUUCCCCUCGCAAGAACCACAGACACAAUCGCGAUACCGGGGCCACGCAGCCAGCGCGCUCUUCGGAGAGAAGAUAUCCUCCAUCACGCGCCCGACCCUAUACAACGUCGACGUCUUCGCCAGCCCCUUCAGCAACGACGCCUACCUCUCCACCAACCUCACCGACAUCCCAACCUGGUCCGCCAUGUACCCACCCACAACCUUCCACAACGACACCUUCACCACACUCCUAAAAUACAACCUCUCCGACCCCCUCACAACCUCGAACACCCGCGUAGCAACAGGCAUAACAAUCACCGGCUACGCCGCCCGCGCAAACUUCACCACAGACCCCUUCCGCGCCCAGGACAUCGUCAUCCUCUCAGACGGCAUCUGCGCCUCAACAUGCACCAUCUUCACCGAGCUGAUGGCCCAGCAGUCGCACGUACGCACCCUCACCAUCGGCGGCCGCCCCAACACAGGCCCCAUGCAGCACGCAGGCGGCACAAAAGGCACCCUCGUGCUACCCGCAGACUACCUACAUUCCAUCGCCGACUACGUAACUAGCGCAUACGCUUCGGACCGCGAAGAAGCAGCGUCCUGGGCGGAAUUCCUCCCUGCCCCCUUCGCGAUAGCGAGUACAUAUGCGUCGGUCAAUUUUCAGGAUAAUAUCCGUGUUGGGCUCGAGAGUGGGGGGGUUCCGUCACAGUUCCUCAAUGAUUCGAGCAGUUGUCGCGUUUGGUAUGAGCCGGGUAUGUUUCAUGAUGUGGGACGUGUGUGGGAUAAGGUUGCGCGGGUGGCGUUUGGGAAUCAGGGGGCGUUGGAUGAGGGGGCGUGUGUGGCGGGGAGUGUGGCGUCCGAGGAGCAGCAGAGUGGGCAGGGGGCGGGGAAUUCGGGGACGGGGGCAGGGUCUGGUCGUGAGAAGAAGGGGGCGGCCAGUGGGGUGAGGCCUGCGGGGUGGAUGGGGGUGCUUGUUGUUGUUGCUGUGGGGGUGAUGGGUGUGUUGGGGUGA